GUUAGUUAAGAGUUCUUAAAAGAAAAUGGCGUUUGUUUGUAUAUAUCAUGUUUUUGGAUUGUGUUGUGAUAUAGAAAUAAUCAUGGUUAAUUUUGUUAAUUAAGUAUGGUGAAUAUAAAUAGAAUGAGCAGUGCAAUAUUUACCUUCGACAAUCACAAAUGAAUCCUUGCAUAGAAUAUCAUUGCUGCAUGUGCCAUGGAUAUAUUUUCGUUUCAAAACAUAACCUACAUAGUAAAAUUUCUUUUUAGAUAAUGUGGAUUAAAAGGUGUUAUUUUCGAGGUUGUAACAAUAAUUCUUUGAACGCCAAUAAGGGUUUAUUGAAAGGAGUGUCUUUUAUUGGUCUUCCUGAUCCAAGAACAGAUCUAAAUAGGUGGAUUAGGUGGUUCCAAGCUUGUGCUUUAACUGCAGAUGAUAUUGCAGCUGUUGAUGUAAAGGAGAUAUGCAUAUGUAGUUUACAUUUUGUUGGACCUAAUGGACCAACUAGUGAACAUCCCGAUCCAGUAAUGUAUGAAAUGGCCAUUGAAGAUAUUGAAUCUCGAAAUGGUUACCUAAAAGAUGUAUCUCUAAAGGUAAUAAAUGAUCAAGCAAGAGUGAUGCUGGAGCAUAGUUAUGCAUCAUUGUAUGGACCCGUGCAAGAGGAAACUACCAUCAGGCCCACUCCCAGUGUAAUAAUAAAUAACCCAUUUAAAGGUUUUGACAAUGCUCCAGCGUAUAAGCCGUUGGACAUAAGUACAGGAAUGGUAAUUUCUGAAUAUGUCAUUCCAAAACAACCCAAAAUCAAUCAUAAGACUACACCGCGACGUGCCCAGUCGACGCAGUUAGCACGGCCGGCAAGAAAGAAAAGGAAGAGGAGAAAUAAGCUUGUGUUUAAGAAAAGAUCAACUGUAGAAAAAAAACAGAGUAAAUUUUUGCCCAGCAAAAGUCAAAAGAGAUUUACUUUCGUCAGUGUCAAACAGGAAAAGAUGGGAAGUUGUGUAUAUAAUUCCAGUAGAAGUUUAACUUAUGAUGAAAAUAUCAAAAUUAAGGAGGAAAUACUAUCCAGGUCAGGCAGUGAUACUGAUAGUGUUCAUAGUCCUGAUACCUUGAGUGCGCCUAGUCCUCCAAUGUUCUGGGACAGUGAGUCUGGUGAUGAAAUGGAGUCUUUCGGCAGACAUCUUUCCCCAGCAGAAUUUGUCAAAACUACCUUUGUGAAUGAAUGCAACUUGCCUGACAACCCAGAAAAUGAUCCUCUUUCUCUGACAAGUGAUGAUUUUGUCAAUAAAAAUGGCAUUGUUGCAAAUUCUAGUGAAUGUGCAUCGAAUAGUAAUGUUUGUGCGAUAACUUAUGACUUUGCAGUCAAAGAAGAACCUGAAGAUAAAUUUGUUGCUUGCAGUGACUUGUUUGGUCAAGCAACAACGCACCUCACUGGGCCCAGUUGUGGCUCAGCAUUUAGAGGCAUUUCUGAUUUUUCAGAGUUCUCAAUUGACAACAUAAAACACGAAAUAUUGGAUGAUGAAUCAAAUGCUAUAGAAAGUGAAAAUCCUGACAAUGCAAACUACAGUCCUACCAAGAAAAUUCUAAGGUCAGGUGAUUCUGUAAAACGACCUGGUCACCAUUUACUGUGUGAUCCUGAUAGCAGAAGUCUUGAGAGUAAAUCUACUUAUUAUUGUAAUACUGAUAAUCAGAACUCGAAAUUUAUGGGUGAAUCUGGGGGUGACCAGAACAGCACAAUGGCGUCGACCCUUAGAGAUGCUCUGUGUAGCUCAAGUUCUUGUAAAGUUAUAGAUAAUGAAAGGAAUAACUUGGAAAAUGAUGCUCUGUGUAGUUCAAGUUCUUGUGAAGGUGUAGAUUGUGAUGAUGGUGACUCUGGAGAUGCUACUUUACGACAGACAAAAAAGAACAUGCUCAAGCACCUGCACUGUAUUCAGUCAGUUAAAAAUCAAACUCAAACAGAUGACAAUGACCUGCUACAUCUUACUCCAAGCAUAAGUGAAGUAUCAUGUUUCAGAAGAUUGUUACCAAAACCCGAAGAGAGUAGUGUUAAAUGUGUAGAAAUGAUGCCGGCAGACAAUAAAUGUGAUGUAUCAUUGCUCAACUCAACAUCAAAAUUCAAUGUGUACAUUUCAGCUGAAAAUGCAAGAUGUGUUAAGAACAAUGUAACACUUGCAGGAACAUCAUCUGAAAGUGAACGUAUGCUUCCUGGAAGUGAAAUUCGCAAAGCAGACUGUGUUCAGAAGAAAAUAAAAAUUCCAAUGAAAAUAUUACCAGUGCCAUUUUUCACUGAAAAGACUUCUCAAUCCACUCAAGCAAGUGCUCAAGGGACAUCCGAAAAUGUGUCUUCUGAAAAUGCACAAACCUUAUCCCAGGUGGUUCAGAGGAAAGUGAUUAGGAUUUCAUCUAAAAAAAAACAAACUCCAGCUAGAACAGUUCCAAAACUGUCUAAAAUAGUUAAGAAAUUAGAGCCUAGUCCUCAUGAAUCUGCUCAAGUACCUGCAAAAAGCAAGCAGGAUGUGUGUUGUGUUCAGGACAGGGUACAUAUCACAUCUAAUAUUUCGCAAGCUUCUGUUGAGGCUUUACAAAAUUUACCUCACAGUGUUGCAAAAGAAUCACAAUCAAAUGUUCAAGGAAAAUAUUAUACCAAGCCUAGGUUGAUUUGUACAGUUGGGAAUAAAAUGAAAACUUGGCCUAAGUUGGUACGUUUAGCUACAGAUGAAAAUACACUUAUCUUAUCUCAGGGAGCUACAAAUAACAUUGAAUCAUCAAUUACGAAUGAAUCAGCACAUAAUGUGAGCUUAUCGAACAGCACUGAAGAAUCUACAGUCCCUGCUGAUAGAAAAAAUAACAUUGUCCAUUGCAAACAACUGUCUAGUAAGUUUGUUCACAUAAAAUCUGAAAGCUCCAAGAAUCAUAUUGUAUCAAAAGUUUUUGAAAAUGAAAUUGUUCGCAGCUUAUGCGAAAGUGAUAAUAAGUUGUCAACAGAAAUAGUUCAGGAAAAUGUGUCUCCUGUGGUACAGUCUGGAUGUGCUGACAAAGUAGUUUCACAAGCUAGUACUUCCACCACGAGUUGUGUAAUACCCAAACAAAGGGCUGAAGGAUUGUCACAGGGUAUAGAGUACGCUAACAGAAACUGGAGUUCAUUGUACACUCAACCAAGCCAUUACAGUGUGGUGUCUGUACCACCAACUGUGUCUAACCUCAUAUCACAUCGCAACAGGUACAUAUCAACAGUGGAAACUCUCAACAAGAGAGUGCGGUUUUUGUCCAGGUUGAAGUCUAUCUUGGGAAAUAAAAACUUCCAUCCGUACAAAUCGAAAUGAUAUUAAACAUCAAUUUCAGUUUGUCAAAUGCAUAAUUCAUGUCAUCUGUAAUAAAUCAGUAUGAUGUAAAAUGUUAGUGAUAAAAAAGCUAUUUUCCAUAACUUUGCAAAAACUGUAAAGUUUCUGUGGAAAUGUGUAAUGAUGUUACAACUAAUACCCCAAUACCCCAAUUUAAAUUGGAUUCGUCACCAAAUUUUUUUUUUUACUUUUAUAUGUGUAGUAUGUAUAUUAUUAGCUAUAUAAAGUUUAUAUUUGUUGUA